UUACUAUUUUUGUUUCAUUUCGUUUUCUUCUUUUUGGAUGAUUAUGACAAAUUUUAAUACAACAAUGACAGUAUAUACACAAUAAUGACAGUAUUUAUCCAACCUUUGACAGUAUAUAGCAAGUUCGCAACAUUUUUACCAUUUAUUUAAGGGGUGGGCCAUCAUUGCAAUUUAUUUUCUUUUCACUUUUUUUUUGGUGGAUAUGGGGCAAUUACAUCGCUGGUUACCAGCAAUGUAGCCUCCCUCGUGUUUAUAUUCCCGGAAAGCCUACAUGAGAAUUUGACGUAACUGUUUAACGCGGAAGUAUUAAAGUAGCCAUCGGAUGAGACCGAGUACAGCUCAUGUGAUGGAUUUGAUGACCUCUCUGUCCCAGAAACCCCAAUCUUUUCUUUUCUUACGCACAGCGGCACAGGCCACAGUUGAGUAGAGUAGUUAAUCCUAUUUAUUGAGUUAAUAAAUUCUGUUGUUUUAAUUAUAACUUCAUUUUCUUUCAACACACCGACAUUAUUAUUUUUAUUAUUAUUAUGCUGUUUUAAUAAUUUGAUAAUUUCCAAAGCCGCGCCUGUUGCUUUAAACUUUAAAGUUGCGGGUAAAAUUAAAAAAAAAAAAAGAAAAAGAAAAAGAAAAAAGAGAGCAUAAAUUCCAGUGUGAGAAUCACCCCCUUCUUUCCACAUGAAAGACCUAUACAUAUAAUUUUAGAUCUACACUUCCACUUCCACUUCCACUUCCACACUAUAACUUAAGUUACACGUUCUCUGUGAAUUGCCAUAGUCGACGGGAGUGAAAAUGAGGGAUCUAAAGCAUAGGAAUAUGUUGGUAUAUUUGGUUGUGUUGUUGACAAUUAUAACAGGAAGCAGUGUGAAAGUAGUAGCAGAGAGUCCGUACAGAUUUUUGACAUGGAAUGUUACUUAUUCUGAUAUUUAUCCUCUUGGUGUCAAGCAACAGGGGAUUUUAAUAAAUGGACAAUUUCCAGGACCGCCAAUAGAGGCAGUCACAAAUGACAAUUUGAUUAUUAGUGUCUUCAACAGUUUAGAUGAACCAUUCCUACUUUCCUGGAAUGGCAUACAGCAGAGAAGAAACUCAUGGCAGGAUGGUGUAUAUGGAACCAACUGUCCCAUUCCUCCUGGGCAGAACUUUACGUAUGUACUUCAAGUUAAGGAUCAAAUUGGUAGUUACUACUAUUUCCCAUCUCUUGCAUUCCACAAAGCUGCUGGAGGUUAUGGUGGCAUCAGAAUUGAUAGCCGACCCUUGAUACCUGUCCCCUUCCCUCCUCCUGCUGGAGACUUCACUGUUCUUGCUGGAGACUGGUAUAAAAUGAAUCACACAGAUUUAAGAGCAAUAUUGGACAAUGGCCAUGAUUUGCCUUUCCCUGAUGGACUUGUCAUCAAUGGCCGCGGAUCAAAUGGAAAUACUUUUACUGUUGAUCAAGGCAAAACAUACAGAUUCAGGAUAUCAAAUGUUGGGAUAGCAACAUCAAUAAAUUUUAGAAUCCAGGGACACCAACUGAUUCUAGUGGAGACAGAGGGAGAUCAUACUCUUCAAAAUACCUAUUCAUCUCUUGAUGUUCAUUUGGGACAAUCAUACUCACUACUUGUUACAAUGGAUCAAACUCCACAGGAUUACUAUGUCGUUGUCUCAACCCGUUUCACCUCUCAAGUACAUACUACCACCUCCACUCUCCACUAUAGAAACUCAGGAGCUGCUGUUACCGGCCUUCCUCCUGGUGGGCCCACAACUGAAAUUGAUUGGUCUCUUAAUCAGGCUAGAUCCAUCAGGCAAAAUUUGACAGCCAGUGGUCCAAGGCCUAACCCUCAAGGUUCUUAUCAUUAUGGGAUGAUCAAUACCACGCGUACCAUCAGGCUAGCAAAUUCUGCUCCAAUGAUCAACGGAAAACAGAGAUACGCAGUAAAUGGUGUAUCUUUCAUCCCAGCAGAUACACCAUUGAAACUUGCUGACUACUUGAAGAUAUCAGGUGUUUUCAGCCUUGGAAGCAUCUCAGACAGUCCUAGUUCUAAUGGUGCUUAUCUGCAGACUUGUGUCAUGGCUGCUGAUUUCAGAGCAUUUGUUGAAGUUGUCUUUGAGAACUCUGAAGACACCGUCCAGUCUUGGCAUAUUGAUGGCCACGUCUUCUUUGUUGUUGGAAUGGAUGGAGGACAAUGGUCGACUGAUAGCAGAUCGAGUUACAAUCUAAGAGAUGCAAUUUCAAGAUGCAGUGUGCAGGUUUACCCGAAUUCAUGGACUGCAGUUUAUAUGCCACUAGACAACGUCGGAAUGUGGAAUAUAAGAUCAGAAAACUGGGCACGCCAGUAUUUGGGUCAGCAGUUGUAUCUUCGGGUAUAUUCACCAGCUAAUUCUUGGAGAGAUGAAUAUCCAAUUCCAAGCAAUGCACUUCUAUGUGGCCAAGCUGUGGGACACAAGAAAAUCUUCAAUUCCCAAAUGAUGCCAUAAUUGUCUACACAACUGACUAUGGAGAUGGAUCAAAGCUGGAAGAAAUUUACUCAAACACCAGACAACCAACUUGUAUAACAGGCCUUUGCAGUUUAAAUUAGUCUAUCGAAUACUACUACCUAUGUCUUGAUUUACUUGUCACGUCACUCAGUUUAUAUUACAAUGUCACAAUUGUGUUCGGACAAUUACAUAUUUGUUUCUUGCUGUGGAAUGAAAUAUGCAGAUAGACUUCAUUAUAGUCA